AUGGUACAAGUCUCUCCCGUCCAUCUCUCCUCUUCCGUACAUCACUCCGACGCCAUACUCGACGCCGUGUUAGCGAACGAUCAUUACGGUAAAUGCGCGAGCCUCGCAUUGAUUUUGCACCCGGCUCGUAAGAUCGCAACGACAAGAAGAAUGGCAUCCAAUUCUGGAACGACAAGCCGACGAUCCACCCAGAGAAAUGGUCGUGGAGGUUUCGGCAAUAUACGGCCUACUAGUUCUGUGAAGCCUCACCCAGGCCGUGGAUCAGAGCCUCCAUUCCAGGAGGUGAAUACAUUGUCGACCAUACUUCCCAAACGUCCGGGGCUAUCAGGAAGUGGAGAGUUUGAGAACGUCACCGCACAUUCUGAAGUGCUCAUCUUCCAGUUCGACGAAGAUGUCGACCUGAAGAGAGGAGACAUCGCAGCCCCGGUCUACCGAUUGGGCCGUGGAGGCAUGGGCAAUGUUCCACCAUCGAAAAGUCUCCAGGCGCUCCAAAACGCUCAGCAGUAG